GCCCUCUUUUCACCUCGCCAGCCAUCCCGCUUUGGUUUGUAUUAAGGUUGUUUUGUCUCUUGCUUACCUUUUCUUUAGGCUGUGUAUCUCAAUUCCUUCGGUGAUCGAUUUUCACUUGGAUUUACCCGCGCAUCGGUGUUGUGCCUCCCAUCGGAUUGCCUGCUUCAAGCCCACCCGUGUUCCAGGCAGCGGCUUCGGCAGCCAGAGCCAUUUAGCUCCGGAACAGCAGGGCUGAAACCGCGCUGGAAAACCCCAUCGACCGGGUGUUCCCUUCUCUCUGGGUGGCUUCUCUGCAGCGGAGCUUUGCGGAACGCGGUUUGCACGUUCAGCGCCAGCCCAUCGCCGUUUAGUCCUUUUACUUGGAAGCGCACAGCUCGCCCGACGGAUCAGGAUGGCUUUUUUUCUAAAAGGAAAAAAGAAAAACAAGAUCUACCCCUCAUAUGAGGAUGAGGCCCCUGCCCUACUGCCGGCAUUGGCGAAGCCUUCAACAUCAGCCACAGAGGGCAGGAGGAAAGAUCAAGUUGCACGCAAAAACAAGAUCUACCCCUCAUAUGAGGACGAGGCCCCUGCCCUACUGCCGGCAUUGGCAAAGCCUUCAACAUCAGCGGCAGAGGCCAGACCGGCAGAGGCCAGGCCCCUAGUCUUGCCAGGGCUGGUGAAGCCCCAGACCAGCAAGCAAGACCCAAGCCAGCAGCGGCCCUCAAAAAAGAAGAGCCUCGAGGACUCUGGGCCAGCGCUCCCAGAACUCUCUGAUGAAAACUUUGAGUACUUGUGGAUGGGUAAGAAGAUCCUGGGAGGAAGAACCAUCAGAGAAGCCUUGGAGAUGAUGGAUGAAAGGGAGAUUUUGGACACCAUCCUCCAACACCUCCAGCCACCUCCCCAGAACGCCCUCUAUAGAUACUAUGGACUCAAGCUGCGGGAUUCCAGGAGCGCAGAGACAGUCCACCAGUACCUGCACUUACUCCUGACGUUGCCUCUCGAAGAGGAAGCAGACAGAGAGGAGGUUAUCAAAGAGGAGCCGAUGGCAUCGCUCACCAUAUUACACCAAGCGAUGGAAACUAUCAUUCGCAUGACUGCCUUGAGACCACGCAUGGACCCCCUGCUCCGGUCUCAGCUGCUACAAAAAACCAUCAGGAAGGUCUUCCAAUUGCCAUCAUUGCAGGUUACGAAGGUCAAAGCCGGGAGCUCUGUGCCAGCAACACAGAGCCAGGACUGCUUUCAAGAGACCAUCUACAUCUGGCUCAACAUGCUCACCAGCUUGCUGUCGGAGGCCCCCUCUCUGGAGACGCUGCAGGAGAUAUUAGUGCACACAAAUGGCUGGAUUGACUCCACAAAAAUCAGUGAGAGGCAAAGAGCAGUCAAGACCACCAACGUACUCAUGAAAUAUGUCUCCGAGCAUUUGGACUUUGAUGUAUCCCAGGAUUUCCCCCUUCUUGGACAGCUGGUGGCGCUCUUGUCCCUUCACCUCGCAGACAACGUGAAGGAGAUUGGCCUGCAGUCAGCGGAGGCCUUGUACCAUCUCCAUUACAUCAUGAUAGCCAAAAUGGGUAAGGAACUGGAGAAGAGGAGGAAUAAAAAUAAGAAAGGCAACAUGGUCAGAUGGGUCCGAGAAGACUUCUUCAUCCCUGGGCCCUCCCUCUUCCACUACCACAUCGCAAAAGUGGCCAAGGCUUUUGGGGAGCACCUCAAGCCCAGCCAGAUCAACGAAGUCGUGUUGAAGGCGAUUGACAACCUGACAGUGGAAGACAGAGCCGUCUCUCAGGCUGCAGGAAAGCUCCUGAGGUCCUUCCUUGAGGAAUGUGGGAUGGAAAUGGAGGACCUGCCUAUGGUUGUGAAGGAGAUUUACAACCAUCUCCACCAGAUCCCCGACACCCGCACUAAGGAAGAGACGCUUUCGGCUAUUGUCAGCCUAGCCACCAAGCGCCUACAGCCGGUCGUAGACAGCCUGUUGGACUGCUCGAUGGAGUGUGAUGAGUAAGUUUUUGUGAUGUGAAAAUGGGGAGGGGUAGAUUUAAGGGGUUUCUUAAUUUAUAUUUAUU